AUGUCAAAAGUUUCAACACCAUUUCCCGUACAUGGAGGUAUAAGAUCUAAAUUGUUAUAUUGCUUUAAAUUCAAAUCGAACAAUGUUGUUUCAGAAACUUCAUUCAGAUACCCUGCCACACAUGCAGCACCACGAAGAACAACAAAUACACUACCAAUAACAACAACAACAAGUGUACCACUUCUUCAAUACAGGCCUGGUGUUUUAAUAAAACCAUUAAAUUGUUCGAUAGACUUGUGUUUUGUUGAUACUAUUGAAUGCAGAAACCAAACUGAAAUCCUUCUUUUGGCUGAUCGGCAAGCAGGUGUAUUUGUUUAUGGUCAAGUGAAAAAAGGAUCAAGCACUAAUUGCUUGAGAACUCUUAAUGAAAUACAUGUUAGGAUGCAUUCCAGUGAUGUUAGCUAUACUCCUGAUGCACAAGGCCCGACUGAUAUCAUCAAACCAAAAGUAUUGCAAAUGACAUCUUCAUUUUCAAUAACAGUAAGCCAAUACAGAAGUUCGAACGGGGAAGCAUUUUUUUCCCUGCAUUUCAAUAUACUUAGCAAGUUUGUUCCAGCAGGAGGAAUUUUGAGUAAUUAUGCAACCGAAUUCCAAUGCAUUGAAAGACCUCCAAAUCAUAUGGUGUUGUCUAACAGAGCAGGCUUAUAUUAUAAAACCAGUUACAAAACCGAAAGUGCAAGUGUGUCCCAUUGUGUUAUGAUGUGAGAGACAAGAACUAGGUUUGACA